UCGUCCCUAUAUCUUCCCUCUCUCCACCCCUUCCCCUUCCCCUUCCCCUUCCCUUCAGAAAGAAGAAAAGAAACCUAAACUCCUCACUCCACAACCCCUCCUUUCUCUCUCCUAUCCCCUCCCCCCCAACUCUCAUCCUCUCCUCCCCUCCCCCCUGCUAUUUAUUUAUUGGGGGAGGGGGGUGUUGCCGUUGAUUGAAAGGGUAUUGAUUUGUAUGUAUUUCUCCCAGCGCUGGUGGCCGCCGCCGCCCCUGCCACCACUACUGCUGCUGCUGCUGCCGCCGCCACCACCGAUACCGCUGCUAUUGCCGCCGCCGCCGCCACUUCAGUUGCUACAGUAUUUCCUAUAGUGUUGUUCAGCUCCACCAAACAUGUCGGCUCCUGUCGGGCCCCGGGGCGGCCCUGUUCCUCCUCCUCCUCAGCAGCCUAUGCAGCCCGAGAUGCCCGACCUCAGCCACCUCACGGAGGAGGAGAGGAAAAUUAUUCUAGCAGUCAUGGACAGGCAGAAGAAAGAAGAGGAAAAGGAGCAAUCGGUGCUCAAAAAGUUGCACCAGCAGUUUGAAAUGUACAAGGAGCAGGUCAAGAAGAUGGGGGAAGAAUCCCAGCAGCAGCAGGAGCAGAAGGGUGAUGCUCCCACUUGUGGCAUCUGCCACAAAACAAAAUUUGCUGAUGGAUGUGGCCAUAACUGUUCAUAUUGCCAAACAAAAUUCUGUGCACGCUGUGGAGGGCGAGUGUCAUUACGCUCAAACAAGGAGGACAAAGUGGUUAUGUGGGUAUGUAACUUGUGCCGAAAACAACAAGAAAUCCUCACUAAAUCAGGAGCUUGGUUCUAUAAUAGUGGCUCGAAUAUACCGCAGCACCCUGACCAACAGGCUCUCCGAGGGAUGCGGAAUGAAGAGGCUCCUCAGGAGAAGAAAGCAAAGCUACAUGAACAGGCUCAGUACCAGGGAACUCCAGGGGACCUGCCUGCCCCUUCAAUAGACAAAAGCCGACCUCAUGGGCUUAUGAGGCAGGACUCAAUUAAAAAUGGGUCAGGAAUGAAGCAUCCCAUUUCAAGUGACACCACUUCAGACAGGAAAAGGAGUCCAUCAAUAUCCAGGGAACAGAAUAGAAGAUACGAUCAACAGGAAGAAAGAGAAGAAUAUUCCCAGUAUGCUACGUCAGACAGUGCAAUGCCUAGAUCUCCUUCAGAUUAUGCUGAAAGGAGAUCUCAUCAUGGACCUCAAAUGUUUGAAGAACCUGAACAUAUAGAUUAUAGAGACUCUAACAGGAGGAGUUGUAGACGUUCCCAAGAGUAUAUAGAUGAUGAGGAUGUGGAGAAUAGGGAUGAAUAUGAAAGGCAAAGGAGAGAGGAGGAAUACCAAGCACGCUACCGAAGUGACCCUAAUUUGGCUCGUUAUCCAGUAAAGCCACAGCCUUAUGAAGAACAAAUGCGCAUCCAUGCUGAAGUGUCCCGAGCACGACAUGAGCGAAGGCAUAGUGAUGUUUCAUUGGCCAAUACAGAGCUCGAAGAUUCUAGGAUUCCUAUGCUAAGAAUGGAGCGGCAAUCAAGACAAAGAUCCACCUCAGAGCGCAGGGCAGUGAUGGAAAACCAGCGCUCUUACUCAAUGGAAAGAACUCGAGAAGCUCAGGGACCCAGUUCUAAUCGUCAGAGGACCACAAAUCAUAGCCCUCCUACUCCUCGGAGGAGUCCAAUCCCUGUUGAUAGGCCUGAUAUGAGGCGUACUGACUCAUUAAGGAAACCACACCACUUAGAUCCCAGUUCUGCUGUCCGGAAAACAAAGCGUGAAAAAAUGGAAACCAUGUUAAGGAAUGAUUCCCUUAGCUCAGAUCAGUCUGAGUCAGUAAGACCUCCACCACCAAAGCCUCAUAAAACAAAGAAAGGAGGUAAAAUGCGUCAGGUUUCCUUGAGUAGCUCAGAAGAGGAAUUGGCUUCUACACCAGAAUACACAAGCUGUGAUGAUGUUGAGAUUGAGAGUGAGAGUGUAAGUGAAAAAGGAGACAUGGAUUACAACUGGUUGGACCAUACGUCUUGGCAUAGCAGUGAGGCAUCCCCAAUGUCUUUGCACCCUGUUACUUGGCAGCCAUCCAAAGAUGGAGACCGUUUGAUUGGUUGUAUUUUAUUAAACAAGCGCUUGAAAGAUGGAAGUGUCCCCAGAGAUUCAGGAGCAAUGCUUGGAUUGAAGGUUGUAGGAGGAAAGAUGACUGAAUCAGGUCGACUCUGUGCAUUUAUUACCAAAGUUAAAAAAGGAAGUUUAGCUGAUACAGUGGGGCAUCUUAGACCAGGUGAUGAAGUAUUAGAAUGGAAUGGAAGGCUACUACAGGGAGCUACAUUUGAGGAAGUUUACAAUAUCAUUCUAGAAUCUAAACCAGAGCCACAAGUGGAACUUGUAGUUUCAAGGCCUAUUGGAGACAUCCCCAGAAUCCCUGAUAGUACACAUGCACAACUGGAAUCCAGCUCUAGCUCAUUUGAAUCUCAAAAAAUGGAUCGCCCUUCCAUUUCUGUUACUUCUCCCAUGAGUCCUGGAAUGUUGAGGGAUGUUCCACAAUUCCUGUCUGGACAACUUUCAAGCCAAAGCCUUAGUAGAAGAACAACGCCUUUUGUUCCUAGGGUUCAGAUAAAACUAUGGUAUGACAAAGUUGGUCAUCAAUUGAUAGUUACAAUUCUGGGAGCAAAGGAUCUCCCUUCCAGGGAAGAUGGGAGACCACGGAAUCCCUAUGUCAAAAUUUACUUUCUUCCAGAUAGAAGUGAUAAAAAUAAACGAAGAACUAAAACAGUAAAGAAAACAUUGGAACCCAAAUGGAAUCAAACAUUCAUUUACUCUCCAGUUCAUCGGAGAGAAUUUCGAGAAAGAAUGUUGGAGAUUACUCUUUGGGAUCAAGCUCGAGUUCGAGAGGAAGAAAGUGAAUUUUUAGGAGAGAUUCUAAUUGAAUUAGAGACAGCAUUAUUAGAUGAUGAACCUCAUUGGUAUAAACUUCAGACACAUGAUGUUUCUUCAUUGCCACUUCCCCACCCAUCUCCAUAUUUGCCACGCCGACAGCCACAUGGGGAGAGCCCAACACGAAGAUUGCAAAGGUCUAAGCGAAUAAGUGACAGUGAAGUCUCUGACUAUGACUGUGAUGAUGGAAUUGGUGUAGUGUCAGAUUAUCGACACAAUGGAAGAGACCUUCAGAGUUCAACAUUGUCAGUUCCCGAACAAGUGAUGUCAUCAAAUCAUUGUUCACAGUCUGGGUCUCCUCACCGAGUAGAUAGUAUAGGAAGAACUAGAUCAUGGUCACCUAGUGUCCCUCCUCCACAAAGUCGAACUGUGGAGCAGGGACUUCGAGGGACACGACCUUCCAGUGGACAUUAUAACACCAUCAGCCGAAUGGACAGACAUCGUGCCCUGGAUGACCAUUAUUCUCCAGAGAGAGACAGUCAUUAUCUCACUCUACCUCGCUCCAGAUACAUUGAUCAUCAUCACAGGGAUAUCAGGAGGAAUAGGCAGGAGAGAAGAGAGACUAAUACAUAUUUUGAUGACAUUCCCCACAGCCCUGAAAGAAACAGUACAUAUCGCUCAGGGAGAGAUCUUCAUCGAGGGGCGGACAAUAUUUCCACUAAAUCUUCAGACAGUGAUGUAAGUGAUGUGUCAGCUGUAUCAAGAACUAGCAGUGCAUCUCGUUUCAGCAGCACAAGUUACAUGUCUGUUCAAUCAGAACGACCAAGAGGAAAUAAGAAAAUCAGUGUGUUUACAUCCAAAAUGCAAAGCAGACAGAUGGGCAUCUCAGGAAAGAAUAUGACUAAAAGCACCAGCAUCAGUGGGGACAUGUGCACAAUAGAGAAGAAUGAUGGCAGCCAAUCUGAUACCGCAGUGGGCACCAUGGGCACCGGUGGCAAAAAGCGGCGCUCCAGCAUUGGGGCAAAAAUGGUAGCUAUUGUGGGUCUCUCACGAAAAAGCCGCAGUACAUCCCAGCUCAGCCAAACUGAAGCUGGAGGCAAAAAACUAAGGAGUACUGUCCAGAGGAGUACAGAAACUGGUCUGGCAGUAGAAAUGAGAAACUGGAUGACUCGACAGGCAAGCCGCGAAUCUACAGAUGGCAGCAUGAACAGCUAUAGCUCUGAAGGAAAUUUGAUUUUCCCUGGUGUUCGAUUGGCCUCAGAUAGCCAGUUCAGUGAUUUUCUGGAUGGCCUUGGUCCAGCUCAGUUAGUUGGGCGUCAAACAUUGGCCACACCAGCUAUGGGUGACAUUCAGGUUGGAAUGAUGGACAAAAAGGGACAAUUGGAGGUAGAAAUAAUUCGGGCCCGUGGUCUUGUUGUAAAACCAGGUUCAAAGACACUGCCAGCACCAUACGUAAAGGUGUAUCUCUUAGAUAAUGGAGUCUGCAUAGCCAAAAAGAAAACAAAAGUGGCAAGAAAGACACUAGAACCACUUUACCAACAACUGUUGUCAUUUGAUGAAAGCCCACAGGGAAAGGUUUUACAGAUCAUUGUUUGGGGAGAUUAUGGACGAAUGGAUCAUAAAUCCUUUAUGGGAGUGGCCCAGAUACUUUUAGAUGAAUUGGAGUUGUCCAAUAUGGUGAUUGGAUGGUUCAAACUGUUCCCCCCUUCUUCCCUAGUAGAUCCAACUUUGGCCCCUCUGACUAGAAGAGCUUCCCAAUCAUCUUUGGAAAGUUCAACGGGACCUUCUUAUGCUCGUUCAUAGCAUCUGUAAAACUGUCAUAGCAACCAGCGUUACAAAAACAAAAAAAUUACAGGUCGCAAACCCUGGUAACACUGCAUGCUUACUGUUGUGUCUCCUGAGCCUAUUUCUAGGGAUACAAAGCGAUCCUGUGUUCUCAGAGGAAGCUGCACACAUUGUGCCCUAAAGAAGGCCCUCAGGUGAAGGAGUGGAGCUAUGAAGAACUAAUGGGUUUGGAGUUCAGUGACACUCAUUUUUUUGGUACAAUAUGAAGCCAUGGAUUAAUAUGAAUCUGUCUCAUGCAACAAACAUCCUUUUCAAUGACAUCUUUAUUUUCUUGAUCCUUUAAAAAAAAUUGUUUUCUCUAACAUGUUCCUUCCACCUCCUUUCCUCACUCCCCCCCCAAAAAAAAGCCUAGUUAUGCCACAGAAAUGGAGCUAUGUGACCAUGAAGCCAUUACAAGUCAAUAGGGUAGUAAAAAAUAUGAGGUGACAAGCAGGAGACCAAAGAUAUGGUCAGAAAAAAAAAAUCAGACCUCCUAAGGAAACUGAGGAUGGAAAUGAAGCACAGCACUCAUUGGCAGCUUCCAAGAUGAGCAGUGGCAGACCUCUAGCUCCACCUGUCGUUUCAGUAAACGCCAAGAUGUGAUAGACUGAAAAACAAGUUCUGUGGCUAUACUGUACUGUAUGAAAUUAAAGAAACUUUUUUUGCAUGGACACAGUUUAGCUGAACACUUCAAAUUAUUUUCUUGGGGCUGCAACUUGCAAAAAAAAAGAAUAAAAUCAGCCAUUUUCAACAAUUUAUAUUAUUUUUUUAAAAAAAUUUCACUAGUGCAUGGUUUUAAAAGGGAGAGAAUGCAACAGGGUGAUACAAAGACACACCACGUUUAUCAUUCUUUAAUCAUGGUCUGUGUUUUGCAGACAUCAAAAAUGACAAUACUUUCUAGAAAAAUACUGAAAUUCUUUAUGUGACAAGUGUAAUAUAUUCAAUUUAUUUAAAUGUAAAAGGUAAAAGCCUUGUAAAGUUCAACAUUAUGUGCAAAUUGUAUACAUCUUUCUUCCUCUUCUCUAUCUCUUCUUUUUCUGUCUCUUAUGAUUUCCAUUCUCCCACUCCCACUUACCAGGAUGAUCACUAUACUUUAAAACUGCUAUUUUUGACUUAAUAUUCUCAUAUGCCCCAUCUUUGAUUUAGGAUUGCAGAUCAUUCUGCAUUUCUGAAUACUUUGAGAAAAAAAGAGUACUUUUAAGAGCUUUCAUUAUUUCCAGCAUGUUGAAAAGAAUUUUGCAACAUGGCUUGGGAGUACAUUAAAGUCAGCAUGUAUUUGAUAAAGAAGAUAUUUGAACUUUUUGCAGUUUAUUGUACAGUGCAUGGUAACUUAUUUUUAUUUUUUCUCACCUUCAAAUUGAAUUCUACAACAAAAUCCUGGAGUCAUGUGGCCAUUGUGUGAUGUCUUUAAUAAAACUGUUUUCAGCACCAGUGUCUUUCAUCCAGGGAUUGAAGUAUUAUUUCUAGAAGGUCUUAAUUAUUUUUUUAAAUGAAAAAUUAAUUUAUUUUACUGGUUUCCAUUUAUUCUGAAUACUCAUACAGUGCUAAAUAAUCUUAACUAAAGAUUACUUAUUUAUUUUUGUUCUAUGAAACUCAAUUCUUUAUAAAGCAUACUUCUAAGGAAAACUUCAUGGAAAACUUCAUGGUAUACAAAAACCUGCUGGGAAAAUGUCAGAAAAAACUUCAUGUAUAUUUUCUAAUUGGUCUGAAGAAAGUUGAAUGUGUUUGUUUGUUCAUUGAUGCCAUCACCAAAUGUCUCAAAGUAAAAUCCUAAUCCCCCUGAUUUCAAUUUAAGCAGCAAUUAUUAACAUUGUAAAGGAAGAAGAGGGGCAUGCUGCUUGCUGCAAGUUCAAACUUGUGAUCAAUUCUAUUGUUUAAAGGAAAUAGGAUUAGUUAACAUCUAAAAGCCCAUCUGUUGUGGUCCAUAACAUACCAUAGAUAAAUCAAAAUAUCUUGCAAUGUUUUUGAAAGUCUUCACAGCAUUCAUUUACUUAAGGCCAUGCACAUAGCAUUUUGGAUUUUUUGGGUUUUUUUUUUCCAAAAAUAAAAGGCUGCCCAUUAAAAUAAAAAGUCUUACCUGAUAGGGUGCAGAAGUUACAAGGAGUAUCACUAAAAAUGCCUUCUUUAUGUGGUGCAAUAUGAAAUUCACCAAGACUAUGUCUUGACAUUCUGAGAUGUACAAUGGAUCGAUAUUAAGUUGUUGAAGAAACCAAUUAAUCUAUGUAUAUUGAAAUAAUUUAGCUGCCUAUGUACCAGCAACAAUUGAUUAAAGAGACAUACAGUCCAUACUAUCCAUUAGAAUUUAAAAAAAAAAAAAAACUGUUACCAUUUUCCUGAUACUGAGAUGGAGUCAAGUAAUCUUUUGUGCAUAUUCCUAUAUAAAUUAUUUCUAAUUUUAAUAAGAAGGACACAACAUAUGGAAUAUUUGUACAUAUUUGUCAUUAUGCAGUAUUUAUUUAAAAGUUGAUGUAUUUUUUUUAAUUUUCAUGUCUGCAAUUCUACCUAUGAUUUAGUCAUGUAAAUAGCACUAUUCCAGUGACCAUUGCUGUCUUGUACAUAAUAUGUUUUAAACAUAAAGGGAAUCCCAGUUGGAAUAAAAGGGCAGAUAAGGCCUGUACUGAACGCCAACUAAUGUAAAUCAAAUUCAUUCUGGUAAUGGUAAUUAACACUUUAAAUAAAACAUUUUCUUUACAGAAGUGUAUGAUAUGCUUUUCUCCCACCUUUCCUUUAUCUCUUCUAUAUCCCAAUGUAUCUGGUGCAGGUUUUCCCUAGCAUUAAUGCCCAAAGUUAAAACACUUCCCCAAAGCCUUUAUUUUUUACACUUUUAGCAAGAGAAAUGGAUUUAUAAAUCAACAAUCAUGUGUUGAGUGUUAAGUGAUUAACUUUUAUAUUAUAAAGUCAUUACUAUUCAAGUUUUUGAUGAGCCUUUGCCUUCAAAUGGAUUUUGUGACAGGAUGACAAAGAUUUGAAACACUUUCACAAUCCUCAAGAACAAUGGAAUUAUUCAAAAUUGCUUUGUCAAAGUUCAUAGUUGUUCUGGAAUGAAACUGGUAAAAAAUGAUUGUUUAAUAUCUCUCAGGUUCAUGUUUCAACCCAAAUAAAGGAAUGUGAUGUUUACAUUGUAA